AUGUUCAACGGGGAAACGGUUGUGCUUGUGCAGUUAGCACUGGUAGUGAUUACUUUGGUGCCCUUUUUGAGGUGGCUCAAAAAAAGGAUCCAGCUGCAGAAUGUAAUGGACAAAAUUCCGGGCCCCAAGGCUUACCCGGUGGUCGGAACGAUGCACCCUUUUAUUGGAAAGAAGUCGGAAGAAAUAUUCUAUAUAAUUGAUCAACGCACCCGCGACUUCCCGGGAAUUCAUCGGAUUUGGAACGGAUUCACACCGGAGGUGCGAAUUAACAAGGCGGAGUACGUAGAGAAGCUCAUCUCUUCCAGCCGGCACAUCGAGAAGUCAACGAUGUAUAAAUUUCUCUCGGCCUGGCUCGGUCAGGGUCUGCUAACCUCGAAAGAUGAUCGAUGGUUUCAGCACCGACGACUCAUAACGCCCACAUUCCACUUCAACAUACUCGACGGCUUCUGCGAGGUGUUUGCCGAGCACGGUGCACAGCUGGUGGAGAAGCUGUCAGUACAGGCCAAAAGUAGCAAACAACCGAUCAACGUGUACCCGUUCAUUACGAAGGCGGCCCUGGAUAUUAUUUGCGAAACGGCGAUGGGUGUGAAGGUGCACGCACAGACUAGUGGCAUGGAUAAUCCGUACGUUGCGGCUGUGUACGAGCUGAGCGCACUGAUUCAGUACCGUGUGGUGCGGCCCUGGCUUCAUUCGGACUUUAUCUGGAAUAGGUCGCGUGCUGGCCAGCAAUACCACAGAGCACUAGCCGAGGUGCACGGAUACUCGAGCAAGGUUAUACGCGAGCGACGUGAAGAGCUGAAGCAACGUCCGGCGAACGAAAGCAAGGCGCAGGAAUGGGACAGUGGUCGGAAGCAACGGCUCGCUUUUCUAGAUAUGUUGCUGCAGAGCAACGAGCAGAGCAACCUGCUCAGUGACGACGAUGUCCGGGAAGAGGUCGACACGUUUAUGUUCGAGGGACACGAUACGACCACCGCCGGGAUGUGCUGGGCGUUGUUUCUGCUCGCACUUCAUCCGGAAAUUCAGCAUCAAGUUCAGCAGGAAAUUGAUUCGAUCUUUGGCGAGUCGGACCGGGCCCCAUCGAUGCGAGAUCUGAACGAGAUGAAGCUGCUCGAACGGUGCCUCAAGGAGACGUUACGGCUCUACCCAUCCGUGUCCUUUUUUGGCCGUACGCUCAGCGAAGACAUUACGCUCGGCGCUUAUCACGUCCCGGCCGGCACGGUUGUCGGUGUGCAUGCGUACCACGUGCAUCGGGACGAGCGGUUCUUUCCCGAUGCAGAAAAAUUUGACCCUGACCGUUUCCUGCCGGAACAGACGGAAAAACGACACCCGUACGCGUACAUUCCGUUCAGUGCCGGGCCACGGAACUGCAUCGGCCAGAAGUUUGCACUGCUCGAAGAGAAGAGUCUCGUUUCGUCGAUCCUGCGUCGGUUUACCGUCCGGUCAGCAAAGACACGGGCUGAACAGUUAAUACAGCACGAGCUCAUCACACGACCGAAGGAUGGAAUUUCGUUGUACUUUGAGCCAAGAGGUGGUGUGAAUGUCAAGCAGGGGUCAUUCACGCCACCAACUACAACGGCUAUCCAAAAACGGUUGAAGUAA